AUGCCGAGGAGAAGCCGUCGGGGGUCGUCUGCCGAGCAGCGGGGAGACCGCUCCCGCAGCUCCCGCGCCGAGCUGGCCUUCUCCGUGAGCCACGUGGAGCGCCUGCUGCGGGAGGGCCGCUACGCCCAGCGCCUGAGCGCAUCCGCCCCGGUCUUCCUCGCGGCCGUCCUCCAGUACCUGACGGCCACCGUGCUGGAGCUGGCGGGCAGCGAGGCCCAGAACAGAGGCCUCACGCGCAUCACCCCCGAGCUGCUGGACAUGGCGGUGCACAACAACGCGCUGCUCAGCCCCCUCUUCGGGGCCACCACCAUCUCCCAGGUGGCCCCGGGCCCCCACUAG